ACAACCCCAGGAACGGAGCAGGCGGGUCUGGGACGUUGGCGUGACUGAAUCUGGAGCGAAGCGUCAUUAGUUGAAGUGGACAGUGCAGUUUCCUUCGGGUGUCUGGUGUUGACUGUGGACUGUUAGCCGGUCAUUUAUUAUUACAAACAUGGCCUACAUUAAAAGUGGAUGGCUGCUUCGGCAAAGUACUAUUUUAAAGCGAUGGAAGAACAACUGGUUUGACUUGUGGUCCAGCGGUCAACUCUUUUACUAUGAUGAUCAGCUGCGUGUAGACAUAGAAGAUAAAAUCCAUAUUAAAGUGGACUGUGUUAACAUCCGAUCUGAAAAUGAGUGCAGAGAUUUCCAGCCUCCAGAAGGAAAGUCGAGAGAUUGUUUACUCCAGAUUGUGUGCAGAGAUGGAAGAACUAUCAAUCUCUGUGCUGAAAGCCCUGAUGAUUGCUUGGCUUGGAAAAUUGCUCUUCAAGAUGCACGGACAAAUUCAAACUUUGCGUUUGGUCCUGAAAUUCUCAUGGAUGAUGCUGUUUCGGACUCUGCACCUCCACCCUACUCAGCUUAUCCCACAGCACCAGCACAGGUCUACAGCUACGAUUCAUACAGCGGUACCUAUACGCCUCAGCAGCCUCCUGCAUCGCAGCAAGUCAUGUACACCUCCAGUGGUCAGCCUUAUGCUGUGGCCUAUCAGUAUCCUUAUCAUGGUCCUUACCCCCCAGCAACCAAUCAUGUUAUCAUUCAAGACCGGAGACGUGAUGAUGGGGACUUGGCGCUGGGCAUGGUGGCAGGAGCUGCCACUGGUAUGGCACUGGGAUCAUUAUUCUGGGCGUUCUAGAACUCCUGAACCGCUGCAUCAAUCUGCUGCUUACGUAGCUGUCACUUCCCCUGUGGAGAAACUGCUUUCAAUUCGCACCCAUCACAUAAUUUCUUAACACAUGUUGUCCUCAACACUGCUUAGUCUCUACAUUGCACCUUAACCUUGUUGAAGCAGUUCCUGAAAUUUGCAGUGAUGUUUCUGUAGCAAAAUUGAAGUGUGUUUAUCGAAUAUAUAUAUAUAUUCCAAGAGAGAGAGCAAGAUUAUAAUUAACUUAUCUCAGAAAUGCUAUGAAUUAAAAAUGUGUUUCUCUAAUUCUAAUUUUAUAACUUACAAAAUGUUAUUGCUGAUGAUAUAGAAGGAGAAGAAUGAAAUAUUUGAUGCAGUGAAUUGCAGCUUUUUAAAUUUUUAAAUUCUGCUUGAAUUAUUGAAGGUUCUUGCAUUCAUUGAAACAUUCCUUUUGCUGUGCAGAUAAAACUCUUAAUUGUUAAAGGAAGUUUUCAACACAUUGCACAAGGUGUGAAUUUGGCCUAUCUCAGUUGCAGUUGUGACAGGUAAAAAUGUAUGCUUUGGAGGAAACUACAGCUUCAAGCUACAUUACAAGCCUGUUUAGUCGCUAGUUACCAAGGAUAUUCUAUUUUUACUGUGGGAUAUUGAAAAGUUACGGCCACAAUCACAAAAUGAGUUUUCAAGACUCAUUAUGUUGAAAGUUAAUUUUUGUAUUUGCUAAGCGAAUCCAAGCACAUUGAAGUCUGUCCAUAAGCUAUUUUGCCAUAGCACAUGAAAUGCCAAGUAGCAACAAAGGAAAAUUAACUCUUUAAUGCUUCUUUAUGAGACAAUGUAAUAGAAAAGAAAGCCACCUCUAGGAUCCUAACUCACCCAUGUUGUAUGCCUCAAGUGUUUGUAGCUCAGCUUCUAUCACUAUGUCAAGUAUUCUGAUCCUUCCUACAUUUUGCACAAGUAUAAAUUUACGUAUGUGUGCAGACUGAAAUUCCUGAAAACAUCAGACCUCACCAGAAAUGACUUAAUCCCACCUGUGACUUUUUUUCUGUUCGCCCAGUGUGUAUUUACAGCUUGUUCUGAGUCUUGUUUCCCUAGUCAACUAAUCUUGGGCAUAUGUAAACUUGAAUUAUUAAAGUUUUUGGUUUAGGUCCUCGUAUUACUACUGUGUGUGUUUGUGUGUGUGUGUGUGUGUGUGUGUGUGUGUGGAAUGUCUAUUUCUUUAAUCGUCUUUCAAGGCUUUAUACUUGGGAUCAAUUGUAUUGAUUUUUCUCACCAAUUUCAAAUGCAUGCGGGGUUGUUUUAUUUUGUUUUAUUUUACCAGGCAUGGAGUUAAUACUCUGCAUGGGUUCUGACUAAAACCUUGUAUAAGCUCCAGACCUUAACUGUUUCUAGGUUUAAGUUUAUUUUUGGUUUACUCGUCACAGUUCCUUGAGAUGGAAUCUGACUUUCAACAGUGUGUGCUAAUGUAGUUCUGUUUGUUAUUUAAUUAAAUUGUGCAUUUUAUUGGUAUUACCUUUUGGUGACCAUUUUUCCAAUUGUAUUAUUUUUUUUUUGUGUAGUUAUAUAUCAUCCUGCCUUUUGGACAAAUGAGGUCCUGGAUCAAUCUGCUUGUUUCCAUUUAAUCUUUCAGUCACGUUGACCCUUUCUCUGUCCUUGAAUAGUGUGGGGUUGGGAGCGAGUUUCACUGAUGUCUAUUGCCUAGAGCUUUAAAUGAUUAACUCGCCAGAUGUUGUAAAAUGUUUUAGAGUCUAAGAUUCUGCUGUUUUACUUUUCAGCACAUCUCACUGUGCUCCCUAUCAUUAAUUUAUUGCUUUGCUUAAGGAAUCUAUAUAUAUUCUGACAAUCUUAAUCCCCUGUCACUUGGGACCAAAUACUGCCUCCCUUUCUCACAAUAUUGUCCAUAGCACCAUCAUAAAAUAUACAUGCCUUUGACCGACAUUUCAACCUGACAGAGUGAUUUGUGCUCAACCUAUCCUUGAGGGUAAAUACAGAAGUGAACUUAGUAGGAAUCAAUAGGGCUGACAAUGAAAUUGAAGGAUUAGUGUGGUCCAGACAGAGAACCUGCAAAUACGUAAUCUGGGAGGUGAGGUAUUGAUCUCAUAAAUGUGUGCCUUUAAAAAGAAAUAAAGGAACCAUUUGUGUUGUUUCACUGGUCUAAACAAUCUUGUUUGUUGACUGGGGUAACCAAUAACAUUUUCUUUUAAUUAUCAAGUCUGUAGCUUCCAAUUUUUCUUUGCAAAGUCUUUAACUGUAGUGUCCCAUUUGUAGAUUUAGAUUUAAAUUCAACUCUGCUGGCUGCAGUAACGAUACAGACCUGCAAUUAGUAUUGCACACAUGAGCUGCGAAAAACUAAUAUCCAAGCCCCUGAAAGAGAAAAGCAGUGAUCAUUGAGAUAUUGGAAGAUGCCUGUACAGGCUUACCAGAGCAUAUUGCAAAGUGCUUGAAAGUGGCAUGCACCGAGGAAAAAACUUUUAAUUGAAAGAGGAGAGGGAAAGAUUGCUUUCAAUUCAUCUUGCACUUGUAUUGACAACUUUAAAUUGCUUCUGUGUAAUUUGUUGUGCUUUUGGUUUUAACUGCUUUGUCAAAAUCAGAGUUUUGGUGUAAAAUGCUACAAUAAAAUGUUUUUGUUUCAAAGGCUGCCCACAAAUUCCAAUUAAUCGAUUGGACCAUUGAAAAUACAGCUGCAGUUUCAAAUUCAGGAGUACCAGCUGUUCCUGAGCUUUAUCAUCUUUUGGCAUACUGAUUUAACAAAUCCCUGACAAGUUAGAGACUUCACAUGUGGCCUUGUGCUUGCAAUUGUCUCGCAGGAUAUUUGUUUAUAAUGGGAAGAAGGCGAGUAAAGUUAAAUAUUGAUCUAACCUUUCUCCCUCCAUUGAUGGGAAGGUAGGAAUUUGAUGGUCAUCAAUAGUUCUGAUAGUUUUGUGCAAAGCUACCUAUUGCUUUGGUUGAAUAGUGUGGAUAGAUUAUCAAAUACAAAUGGCAAACUUAGAAAGGGUCACCCUCGAUGGACAGACCCACAGUACUUGGCAAUUUCUUUAAUCCAUACAAGAGGUUUUAAUGGCUCUCACUGACUUUCUUCCUAUUUGUGGGAUAUUACCUGCUAGAGGAAAGCAGUGCAGUUGCUUUAGAGGGGUAAACGGAAGGAAUGUCACACUGCAGAACACUGCUCUUGAAGUAGACCUCAGUGAUGCUGAAUCAUUCAUCAUCUCACAGCAGUUGUGUUUUUAACAACUAAGAUUAAAGAAUCAAUGAAAAUGUUACUUCAGUCAUAACCACAACAAUUAAUGUUUUUAUUUGUAUUUUCCUCCAGUGUGUUCUGUAUUUUUCAGCAGGUUAAUAGUGUUAAGAACAAGCAGUAUUUCACUUUGUUAAAAACAAUUCUUAUAACCAGUGAAGGAUUAACUAAGGGACAUAUUUGAGAAAGUGGGGAUAGGGGGAAGGAAGGAAUUAACAAACCAAGAGAAGAUGGUCACACUGACAUUGAACGAGACAUUGUAUUGUUGGAGGUGAAAAGGGUGCGCGAGAUGCAAGAAUAAAAAAAGGCGCAAGGUAGUAGAAGAAUAAAGGGAGUGAUAGAAAUUGAUAGAUUUUGGUUUAGAUUGCUGAAAUAUUAAAGCAAAACCAAAAUGCUAGAGGAACUCAGCAGGCCAGGCAGCAUUAAUGGAGGGAAAAGGACAUACAGCAUUUCAGGUUGGGACCUUUCUUUAGACUGAACAUAUUUGAGUUAGGCAGUGACAGGCAGCGAAUGGAAAAAUUGUGAGUGAGCUUUGAAAAUGGUUUCAGACGUUGGCUACUCGUUCUGAUUUUUAAUAUUUAUUUGCUGUACUGAUGCUUAGCAAAACAUCUUGUCUUGUGAAAUCGCAAUGUGUCGUUACACAUUUAAAGGUAUCCUUUAAACAUUUGUUUAAUCAGCUGUUAAAAAUGCUUUUAGAAAUCCAGUCAGCUGCAGUAGGGUGAAUUAUAAACAUUGCGCUGUUACUGAUUGUGCUGUGUUUCCGUGGAAUGUAAUGAUAUGUAAUUAAAUAAAUGUGAUUGCCUUA